AUGACUCGCGGAGAGAUUCUUCACCUUCAUAUCGGUCAAGCUGGUACUCAGCUUGGUAACAGUGCUUGGGAGUUAUAUCUUCUUGAGCAUGGUCUCUUACAAGAUGGUCGUCCUGAUCCCGAGGCAAAGGCUGUCCACGAAUCUGGUGAACUCGAUACAGUCUUCACUGAAACCGGCAAUGGUAAAUACGUACCUCGAUCCAUCUUCGUCGAUCUCGACCCAUCUCCAAUCGACGAAAUCCGAACUGGUGAUUACAGAUCCCUCUUCCAUCCUGAACUUUUGAUCAGUGGAAAGGAGGAUGCUGCCAACAACUACGCUCGUGGUCACUACACAAUUGGAAAGGAGAUCUUGGAUGGUACUUUGGACAAGAUUCGUCGCGUUCUGGAUAACUGCUCUUCCCUCCAAGGUUUCUUGAUCUUCCACUCUUUCGGUGGUGGAACCGGUUCUGGUUUCGGAUCUCUCUUGCUUGAGCGUCUCUCCACCGAUUAUGGCAAGAAAUCCAAGCUCGAAUUCGCAGUUUACCCAGCUCCCAGAGUUUCUACCGCUGUUGUUGAGCCAUAUAAUGCUGUUCUCAGCACCCACAGCACUAUCGAAAACUCCGACUGUACCUUCUUGGUCGAUAACGAGGCUGUUUACGAUAUCUGCCGUCGCAACUUGGACAUUCCUCGUCCUUCUUUCGAGCAUCUCAACAGAUUGAUUGCUCAAGUUGUCAGCUCCAUUACCUCGUCACUUCGUUUCGAUGGUGCUUUGAACGUCGAUCUCAAUGAGUUCCAAACUAACUUGGUUCCUUACCCAAGAAUUCAUUACCCAUUGAUCAGUUACGCUCCAGUCAUCUCUGCUGCUAGAAGCUCCCACGAGAGCUUCAAGACUCAAGAAUUGACCCUCCAGUGUUUCGAGCCAAACAACCAAAUGGUUGUCUGCGAUCCCCGCAACGGAAAAUACAUGGCUGUUGCCCUCCUCUACCGUGGUGAUGUCGUUCCCCGUGACUGUAACGCUGCUGUCGCUUCCCUCAAGGCUAAGACAUCCUUCAACCUCGUCGAAUGGUGUCCAACUGGUUUCAAGCUCGGCAUCAACUACCAAAAGCCUAUGUCCGUCCCAUCUACUGCACCCAACGACGGUGCCCUCGCCUCGGUCGAUCGUUCCGUCAGUAUGUUGUCCAACACCACCGCUAUUGCCGAGGCCUGGUCAAGAUUGGACCACAAGUUCGAUCUUAUGUACAGCAAGCGUGCUUUCGUGCAUUGGUACGUUGGUGAGGGUAUGGAGGAAGGAGAGUUCAGUGAAGCAAGAGAAGAUUUGGCAGCAUUGGAGAAGGAUUACGAAGAGGUUGCUGCUGACAGCUUCGAUGCCGAAGAGGGUGAGGCUGAGUACUAA